AUGUUCCCAUACAAAAACAUCGACAAAGGUACCACAGAUGGGCUCACAGUCAACCAGAUUGACCAUAUCCUCGUAAACAACAGGUACGUCAGUAGCUUCACUGAUGUCAGAGUGUUCAGAGGCGCUAAUGUGGACCCACUCAGGGUCCGGGCAAAAUCUAAAAAGUUUAAAAUCGACAAGUUUAAAGACCCUCAAAUUAUGGAGGCUUAUGCCGCAUCACUGUACUCACAGUUAAGAUGCAUGGAAGACUCAGAAGACAGUGUAAGUGGCAUUUGGAGUAACUGUCGCAAAACUAUUGAACAAACCGCUGAAGCAAUACUGGGGGACAUGAAAAGAAAAACAGGAAAAGCUGAUUUGAUGAAGACUGUCGAAUAG